AGCACCAGACUAAGAAAUCCCGUGCUUGUGGAGGGAGGAUUCAGGCUCCUCCUCCACCCGAGCAGAACUUCUGAGGUCGUGAGAAGACUGAGCCUGGCACCGAGUGAAGGUGGCUAUUGUGACUUCCCGAGCCCGGGAAGGGGUGGCUCAGUGCCAAGGGUGUGACCUGGUGCAAAGCCCUGGGAUGGAACUGCCCUUCGUCCCGGCUGUACCCGAGGAGACCCGUUCUGGGUGAGAGGGCGUGUCAAAGGCGGAGUCUCCAGCCCGAUCUCCCGCCCCGCUCAGCGUCCGCGUGGUUCUCACACAUUUUACCCCCAGAGCCUGAGGUCCUUAGCCGGCUUCUGGUUGAGGUUGCGCUGCAGAGAGGAUCAAUCCCCCAAGGUCUGACUGUGACCUCUGCCCAGAAAAGACCACGGAACGCGCUCUUCGGGCAGACCUGGGCUCCACCAGCUUCCAACAACUAGUCUGGGACCAAGAGUUUUGGAGUUCGAAGCAAGUGAGCCGCCCCAGAAGUACAGAGCCCUGGUAUUGGACUAGCCAUGGCUGCGCACGCCCGCCAUCUGUGCCAUGUCGCUUUCCAUGUGCCAGCUGGACAGCCCCUAGCGAAGGAUCUACACCGCCUUUUCGGCUUCCAGCCCCUGGCGGUGCGGGAAGCCGGCGGCUGGAGACAGCUGGCCCUCCGCAGCGGAGACGCAGUCUUUCUAGUGAACGAGGGCUCGGGGCCGGGGGAGCCACUGUACGGCCUGGAUCCGCACCACUCGGUGCCCAGCGCCACAAACCUGUGCUUCGACGUGGAAGAUGUGGGCGCCGCGGCCCGGACGCUGGCGGCACGGGGCUGUGUGGUGCCGGUACCACCCACUAGCGUGAGGGAUGCACAGGGCACAGCCAUCUAUACAGUGGUCAGCUCUCCGGCCGGUAACCUUAGCUUUACGUUGCUGCAACGCACUGGCUAUCGCGGAUCCUUCCUACCUGGAUUCAGACAGCUGCCUUGCACGUCUGGCCCUGGCUGGGUCAGCCACGUGGACCACUUGACCUUGGCCUGCACCUCUGGCAGCUCCCCUACUCUUAGGCGGUGGUUCCACGACUGCCUAGGGUUUCGUCACUUGCCGCUGAGCCCAGGUGAGGAUCCGGAGCAGGGCCUCAAGGUGGCUGCAGGGUCUGGGCGAGGGGGACUAAGGCUUACUGCCCUGCAGAUCCCGCCUGACAGCACGGUUCCCACCCUCGUGCUGGCGGAGUCCCUACCGGGACUCCCCAACAAACAGGACCAGGUAGUGCAAUUUCUAGCCCGGCACGGGGGGCCAGGCCUGCAGCAUGUAGGACUGUACACUCCCAACAUCAUGGAAGCUUCUGAGGGGAUGGCGAAGGCAGGAGGCCGGUUCCUAACCCCUCCUGAAGCUUACUAUCAGCAGCCCGGCAAAGAGGAACAAAUCAUAGCUGCAGGGCACAAGCCCAGCCUUCUAGGACGGCAGGGGAUUCUGCUAGAUGGCGCUAAAGACACAUUUUUGCUUCAGGUCUUUACCAAGUCCCUCUUCGCUGAGGACACCUUCUUUCUGGAGCUGAUUCAGAGACAGGGGGCCACGGGCUUUGGCCAGAACAACAUCCGGGCACUAUGGCAGUCGGUGCAAGAGGAAGCUGCGAGGGCCCAGGGAGCCUAACGCCAGCUAGAUCUGGGAGUCGCCACCUGUCCUAGGUGCUCUGAGGAAGGAGUCCAGCACAGGCCUGCUGGAGCUGACGCGCCUCACAGGUCCACACCCCAGAUAAAGCCCAUCCUUCUCUUCAGGGCCAGGUGUGGGUCUUCAUUCCAACCAGUACCUGCCAAUUCUAGAGUCUCUCACCAGACUCCAAAGAGUUGGGACUUAAAAUGUCCGACACCUCUAGGUAAUAAUAAAGGACUGAGGUCGAGACACAAGACUGAACUGCCUUUGUGUCGUCUCUGCGUUUCUUCCCAUCCCCUGAAGGUCUUGGGAUUAUUAACCCUUGUGCUUUCUGAAGUUUCAUUACUUGUGAAAUGGGCCCUGAAUAAAUGAUUUUGAAGAAGAAUUUAAUACAAACCCUCCUCCGUGCCGACCUCCCCAGGGAGAAACAGCUGCAGGUGCAGACUAGGUCAGGAUUAGCCCAACCACCUGCUCUAAGAUGACGCUCCAAUCAGCUUACCUGAGACCCAGAAUGGGAGCAUUAGAUGUCAGCCACGGACAGGUGCUCCCUGCAGCUGCCCUGACGGACAGGUGCUCCCUGCAGCUGCCCUGACG